AUGGACAUAACCGGUUACAAGAAGACUCAGGACGAUGGUUUUCCUGUUCAUUGCGCUGCCAGGAAUGGACAUCUGGAAAUAGUCAAGUAUCUACUAGAUCUCCAACUCGGCACGAUCUCUGUGCAGGACAGGAACGGUUGCCUUCCUGUUCAUUGUGCUGCCUUGAAAGGAAGUCUGGAAGUCGUCAAAUAUCUUCUAGAUCUCCACCCCGACAUGAUCUCUGCAAAGAACGAUCACAAUGACCUGUCUGUUCAUUGCGCUGCAUUGAAAGGACAUCUGGAAGUAGUCAAGUACCUACUAGAUCUCCAACCCAACAUGAUCUCUGUAAAGAACCAUAACGGUUACCUUCCUGUGCAUUACGCUGCCUUUGAAGGACAUCUGGAACUCGUCAAGUAUCUACUAGAUCUCCAACCCAACACGAUCUCUGCAAAGAACAAUGCCGGUAAACUUCCUGUUCAUUGCGCUGCCCUGAAUGGACAUCUGGAACUCGUCAAGUAUCUACUAGAUCUCCAACUCGGCACGAUCUCUGUGCAGGACAGGACCGGUAGUCUCCCUGUUCAUUACGCUGCCAGGAAUGGACAUCUGGAAGUAGUCAAGUAUCUACUAUAUCUUCUACCCGACACGAUCUCUGCAAAGGAUGUAAGUCGGGCAAUCUCUAUCCUUGAUUCUCCUUACGAAUUUUUUUCCAGAACACGGUUUGAGCAAUAUAUUUGA